GAGUGACUCUGCUGGGAAGUGGUAGCCCUCGCAGAAGGAGGUGUGACUCAGCCGUGGACAGAGGAGCAGCUCCUUCAUGUGUGGAUGGAAGCUGCCGGAGACGUGGAUCAGUCAACCAGCAGACCUGCAGCAGCUCAGAGACUGAAGGACUCACCGGGGGCCUCAGCUGAUCUAAAUUCUUGCCAAAUGACUGGAAGUCUGAUCUGUUGAGGAUUGGUCGCCUUGGUGUCUGAUGUGAAGCCGCAUGAACUGAUUUCAGGCCUGAGAGAAGCCUGAGUGAGUGAUGGGAAGUCUUAACGGAUCAGUUUCACAGCUGAUCAGACGUCUGAUUGAAAAGUCUGACUUUCUUUUGCCAAAUUGACUGAUCUGACACUUGAUUGGUUUAGUCUGACUGACUGCUGGGACUCCUAAUUGACUUACUGGAAGUCAGAGUUGACAACUGAUUGGAAGCCCAGUUGAUUGACUGGAAUCUGUGUUGGAGUCUGUUCUGCCGGCGUCAGGAUGAGCGGAGCAGAGGAGGUGGUGUGUGAGGGCUGGCUACGAAAAUCCCCACCGGAGAAAAAACUGCGGCGUUAUGCGUGGAAGAGGCGUUGGUUCGUGUUGCGUAGCGGCCGGCUGAGCGGGGAGCCAGAUGUCUUGCAGUACUACAAGAACCAGCAGUCCCGCCGGCCAAUCAGGACCAUCAACCUGAACCUGUGUGAACAGGUGGAUGCUGGCCUGUCAUUCACGAAGAAGGAGCUGGAGAGCAGCUUCGUUUUUGACCUGAAGACGGAGGAAAGGAUCUGGUACCUGGUGGCCGAGUCUGAAGAGGACAUGAACCGCUGGGUUUCCUCCAUCUGCCUGCUCUGUGGCUUCAACCCGACCGAUGAUGGUCCAGAGCGACCGCCUGCCUCUGGCUCAUCCUCCACAGCAACAACCCCAAACAGUGGCACUGCUGCUGUUACCACGGUAACAGGGUCAGUACCACCUCCCUAUGACCCAGUGAGUGUGCGAAACCUGGAGCAGGAUGGCAAUGCAGAAGAAGAUUACCUGUGGUUAUCGCACUGCCAGAGCCACAUCAGGCCUCCUUUAGGUUCCUCCACCUCUCUUGAAACCGACUACAAUGACAACCUCUACCCUCCUCCCUCCGCCAACUCCUCCUCCUCUUCCUCCUCCUCCUCUCCUUCCCUCCUUCCCAACGGACUCCCACUUCCAUCCUCCUUCUCUUCCUGUGGCUUUAGGACAGCCCCCUGGACAGUCACCACCAUGGCAGGCCCUUUCAACCAGUCUCUGGAUGCCAGCAUGACCUCUGACCUCCAGAAACGAGCCGGCAGACCUCGCUGUCACCCGUCUCCUCAUCCCAGGAAGCACUCACUGGAUUUCCAUCUGCGACCUGUGGCGAUACCUCUCUCUGAUGACACACACUCUGCUGUGCAUCCGUCUUACACCACCAGCAGUUACCAGAUCCCCCGUCCAGCAUCCACCCCACAACCACAACCCCCGCGCCGCCCAUCCUCAACGCCCAGUGUGGACUCCUUAACCCACGCAGAGCUCCACACUUCCACCCCAACUCCUCCUCCACGCCCACCAAAGCCCCAGAAUGUCGCAGCCCAGGGAGAAAGCUUAGCUUUGGGCACACUUCCCCGAUCCACAUCAGAGCCAGAGAGGAGGGAUGGAUAUGUGGAGGGAGGAGGAGGUCUGCCGAGGAGUAACACUAUCACUGCACCUGGACGCACAACGCCAGGUUGUGAGUCUUUUUACAUCCCCCGGUCUCUGUCUGACAGAGCGAGCAUGUUUGAGUUCAGCGAGAGCUUCAACAGCUACUUCUUUAAUAAAGGCAUGGUACCUCUGGGUAGCGUCUGCUCUGAGGAUGAUGACGUGGAUGAAAACUAUGUUCCCAUGAGCGCUGCCACCACUGAGCCUCCUGUUGCACCAAGGGCACCUCCACCUUCCUCUGACCCCUCGCUCCAGCUCCAGGAUGCCAACUACGUCCCCAUGACCCCCCUCACCCCUUCCCUUCCCGUCCAUCCCACCCCUGCCACAGGUGACCUGGCAUCUCUGGGGAGGCAAGUUCCCCCACCCGCCCACAUGGGCUUUCGUAGCCCUCCCCCGGCUCCAAUCGCCCCCGUCACCCCACCGCUCCGGAGGAACACCGUGAACACUUCCAGCGGUGUGGAGGUCAAAGCCAUGCCUCCUCCAAUCCACCGCAACCUGAAACCACAACGCAGAGGAGUUUGUGUCGGUCAGCCAGCAGAGAGGCCGGACGUUCAGACUGCUGCAGAGCCAACACACAGAACCAGAGUGAAACCAGCUCCUCUGGACAUCACUCCAGUGCAGCAUGACUGGCAGGAAGUCCCGCCCCCUGUCCGCUCACCUGUCACUCGAACCUUCACACGAGAUCCGUCCAGCCGUCGGUCAGUCAGGCCGACCUCCGCCCACAGCUCGUCCCCCUCCUCUGAUUCUGAUGACCCUGAUGACAGCUACGUUGCUAUGACAACAUCGAACCUCAGUUUCAGCGCCGGGGAGCAGUCUUUGAGGCUUAUGCUGCACCGAGCAUCAGAGGGCGGAGUCAGCAGCCCGUUGCUACGGCGGGCCAGAGGCGACAAGCAGGUCGAGUACCUGGACCUGGACCUCCACACUGGGCGAUCGACACCAACGAGACAGAAACGGUGCACAGCAGAAGGCGGCAGCGAGCAGGCCGGCGCGGGCGAGGAGCGCGCACGAGGCGGGCGCACACGUGUGGACUACGUGGUGGUGGACCCCAAAAGGACGAAGGCCCUGAGGAACACCAGAGAAGCGUGGCAUGAUGGGAGGAUGUCCACGGAGAAGGAGAAAUGAUGGACGAGCACAAACACACACGGACGAACAGUUUGAAGAAGCUUCUCAACCAGCAAAAACAGACUCCGAUUACUUUGAUUAAAAGAAAUAAAUUCUUUGCUCCAUAAGAAUUCCCAUUCUUCCUGAAAUGUACUACUAGUGUUUACCUCUGAGAAAUGUUGUAGAAGUAAAAACCGAGGUCACAGGUUUGAUAUGUUUCUAAGAAAUUACAGUCAGUGCAGGUAAAUCCACCAGCGUCAGUCAGAGCCCUGUUAUUGUCUGAAGAGCCUCAUUCAUCCAGGUUGUGGUUCCUCUCAGUGUUUUAAGGGGCAACUGGACUUGCUUGAGGUUCUAGAAGUUGUUUGGCCUCCAUUUCAAAAGGCUUCUUCAGUUCUGACUGACUGGUGGGGGGUCCCAGCCAGUCAGCUAGAACUGAAGAAGCCUCUUGUAAUGGAAGCCAAACGUCUUUGGGAACCUCAGACAAGUCCAGGUGUCUUUGGAAAACACUCUGUUAGUCUUUAAACAUGGUGUUUCCUGCUGAAAUAAUGCCAACGAUGGUGGACUGUGGGACAAUUCAGAUGCUCCGAUGAUCAACAAAUCAGAAAAACGUGAUAAUCCCUGCAGCUUUGUGUCAAAUCAAGUCAGUCCACCUGAUGGAUGUUCUGUUCCUGCUGAAGAAAUGUGUUGAUUCUGUGACGAUAGCGAUGACUGUACAAUAGAGAAUAAAUGAAUAAGCACCAC